CUAUUUCAGUUUUUGGUCAGUUUAGGUUUCUCUAUUAGUGAAUGACUAGUUAGUUACCUAACUCCAUGUUGAAGUUCUAGUCUAGUCCUAUUUGGAGUCCAACUCCUAUUAUGUAGUGUCUAUCCUUGUAGGCGAUGUUCCAAUGAUGCUGCUUUGACUACUGCUUUGACUUCUUCUUUUACCUCAUUUUACUUCUUUUUAGUACUUCUAUUUUUUCUUAUGCUUACUAUUCUCUUAGACCACAUCAGAUCCAUGUAGCCGAUCCCAUCAAGUUGGGAUAAGGUUAUGGUUGUUGUUGUUGUAAGAUAAGACAACUGACCCAUAGGACCGUUGGUUCAAUAAUUGAACCAGAACUGACUUAAAACAAGACAUAACCAGACCCAGGUCAUGUUAAGCCUGUACAAACACUAGGCCAUGUUAAGCCUGGUUCUUCAUGGAUCUUCUCCUCUGAUAUGUCUUAAGUUCUGCCUCACUUGGCCUUGGUAAUUGUUACUUUCUCCAGUUUGGUCUGGUUUGUUUUGGAUGCUAAUUUCUGAGACAAUUGUGUUCUUUUAUGAUUUGGAUUGUGCUCAACACGUCUUUCUACUUGGCAGAACUUAACACUUGGCUCACCUACUAGAUGAAGUUUCUUUUAAUGCUAUUAUCUAAUUGGUGCUCUUUUCUUUUUUGCCCCUUAUCUAAUUCAUGACAAAGGGCAUUGGUCCCAGGAGGAGUACCAGGCUUUAUUUGAUUUAGUGAACAUGGAUUUUUGCAUGAAAGCCUUCGAGGAAAAGAAAUCCAAGCAUGGGAUGGUAUGGCCAGUUAAUAUCACCUAUGGUAGCAGAAGGUUUAUGGCAGGAUGCUGAUGAUUUUCGUCUGCUGAUUGCACUUUAUAACUUGGAUGCUUCUUGCGUUGAAGAUGUUGACUGGGACAAUCUUCUUGACCUCAGGUCUGGAGAUGUUUGUAGGAAACGUUGGGACCAAAUGGUCAGUCACAUAGGCAAGCAUGGGUGCAACUCGUUCGCAGAACAAGUAGAAGUGCUUUCAAAACGUUAUUGCCCAGAAUUGCUUGAACUGAGAGAGGCCUACGAUAGCAAACCUGUUACUCCAUGAAGUUGUUCAUUGGUCCUUGGCUGCAGCAAGGUGCUUGGUUUGGAAUUUGGUGUGUAUCAAAACACCACUAAAACAUACAAAUGAGAUCAUGACUAUGAAAACAGAAAACUUGCAAAUGGAAAAGAUUGAGCAUGCUCGUAUAUCAAAUCCUUGUGACCCUCCUAAGUGAUGGUAAUGUUGAGUUCUACAGGUUUUUGGUACAGAGGAGAGAAUCCAUAUUUUUGGAAGGGAAAAUAUUAUCAGGAGCAGGAGGUGUGAAUAGCUAGCCAGCCAGUGUAACCAUUUUUGUAUUCCAUUUUGAAGUGAAUAUUUCAAAAGAUUUGAAUAUAAUUAGGGGCAAUAAUAUAUUAUGGUUAAGACUUUCAAAUUUAUAA